ACCCUGACACCCUGCAGAGGUUCCUGCAGCCUCACACCACAGAGCACAGCCCGCUCCCCCAGGGGAAUGGGCUCCCUGCCUACCGCCCUCACGCAGCCAUUGUGUAUCCAGGACACAGGGAAUGCAGUAGGACAUCCUUUUAAAAUCCUUUUCCCAAUUUUCCUCAGCUUCAGGAUUAGCUUCAGAAAUAUUUAUCACAUUCUUCAGUGUCAGACAAGAAAUUAUAAACACAGAACACAUUGGCUAUGCCAUCCUGAAUCUGGUUAAGUACCAGAACACAAAUUUUACUGUACUAUGUAUUUUUGCCUUUCUACCUUCUUUGCCUUCUUUGGAUUACCAAUCAAGAUGCAUUAGAAGCAUUAAUUUCUGCAGUAGGAAGAAGAAGGACACAUUUUUACAUCACACCUCAGUUUUCUGCUGAAAUUCCUGGCUCAACAUUGCUAUCAGCUGAAUGCACCCUGAGGUAGUGAUAGAGAUGCCACAACUGGGAAGGGUAUGGUUCAUUAAGAUGGAUAUGGAGCUGCUCUAAGGCAGCUUAAAGCCACCAAAGCAGCACAGGGCCUUGCAGAGACUCUCCCAAAAGGCUGAACUAGGAAUGGUCGAGUCACAACAUUUUCCAUUUCUAACUUGCAAUAGAAAAAAAAGAUUGCGGUUUGAGACUAAAUCGUUAAACCUUCAUUGGAGAUUUUAAUUCCACUUUCCUAACGAGAUCAGAUAUUCCCAUGCUAAGAGCAGGCAGGGUCAGCAGUGCUGCAAUCAGCACAGCCACGCGUCACACGCGCUCACCACAAGCCGAUCGCUUGCAGGACCAAGCUCAGCGUAAGCAAGCAGUGCUGCGUCGCUGCUCAGCAGAAGGCACACAGGCGUCCUCCUCCAGCACCGCGCUGAUCCCACCAGCAGCACACACAGCUGCCCUGAUGCAGCGCCGCCGUUUGGCUGAUCCUUCUCUGCCUAUGCCUCAAUCACACCCAAAACUCAGCUCCCACACCCCAACAUCCCUCUCACUGCUGAAUUAUUCCUCAUUAAAUGCAUCUAAUUCUUAACACUCUCAGAGUGUUCUUUGGAUUCAUUCACAGAUCUCAUGGGGGCAGAGGAACUGAGCAUUCUACAAUCGACACCAGUAAUGUUUAAAAUAAAAGAAGUCGACUCCCAGCUAUAUUCAAAUACAUAUGGUUGUCUGAGCAGGGAUCCCUGGUGGGAAACAUCUCCCAGCUUUUCCAACUGAAUUCCCCUCUGCAGGGAACGAGAUCAUUCAUCUCAAACUCACGACCUCCUGAGCCCAGUCCAAAGCAUGUCAGACUCUCCCAUCCCUCCACGAUUUUGUAUAUCUUCUCCACAGCUAUACAUCAUUGAUUAAUGAAAAUAAAUAAUUCAAAAUCAAUUUCACCACAGCCAUUACUAAUAAUAAAUGAUGAUGCCUCUGUUUUUAAGGGUAGGAAAAAUCUCCAAACCUGAGAGCUCAUCUCCCUUUCCCAGCUCUCUCAGUUGCACUAUCAGUGCUGCUGAUGGUCGCUGCUCGGCAGGAGAGCAUUCAGCACAACUUUGUGUAAGUGGAUCAGCCACCUUGGCUGACUUCAGUUACCCCACUCUAACUGGCUUCACAGCAGCUUUCUUUACUCACCCAAAUGCCUUCAGGCCCAAUGAAAUGAGCCCAACCAUAACCAGACAAUUUUGGCCCAAUUUCUCACCAAACAGCACUUUCAUCAGGCAGCAGGGCCAGGAUUCUGGCAUCAGGAACAGGGGGCACAUUUGCAAAACAGAAACACAACAACACAUCAGAAAUAGCCAUAGAGGCAGGAAAUAACAACAGAAGACACAAAUAACACCAGCCCAGGGAAACUGUCACUACUGUAUGUGCAAAGCUGCAGGAAGCCCAGCACUUACCAAUGUGUGAGUGGUCACCUGCAGGCAGCAGCAAGGGCCCUCAGCAUUGAGGCAUAUAAGGUGUGGGGGUUUGGGGUUUUUUUUGUUGUUGUUGUUGUUGUUUUUUUGCUGUUUUUUUGGCAGGGUGGAAGUCCCUGUGGUUGUAGAACAAAAACACAAGAAUUUAAAUUAAAGAAAAUAAGUCUGCAUGAGUCUGGGACAUGGGGCUGUGAUGGCUACCACGUCACAGACCUCCUGCCCUGCAUACAGCUGGUUCUGCACAGAAAGUAUAAAGAAGAAUCGUGGAGAACACAAAAAAUCAUGCUGCAUGCAGCAACAUGUCAGCAAUGCACGGACCCUGAGAUGAGAAAUGCACAUGGCUAAAUUGCUAAAUAGAAUAUAAUGACAUGCACUAAAAUAAAAUCCACUGCAUGAAAUACAACUUGCAAUCCCUGUCAACAGGAAGGGACUUGUUCUUGUUAUCUGCUAAUAUGGCCAUGAUGAUUGUGCCCCAAAUGUUUCAAACAGCAGUUGGUGGUGAUUGAUUUGAUUUCAAGAAUGAACACUGUCAGUCAAAAUCUCAACUGAAGACAUUGCAGCAAAAUCCCUGAGGCACCUUAAAAAAAACUCAGCCCAAGUUCUGGAUCACAACUGAAGUGCUGCAGAAAUCAUUCUUUUCUGAAUGCCAGCUCUUCACAGCAGAGGGUCCUGAUGACAUCACAUCCUCUCCUAUAAGUUACAUAAGCUGCCUCCAAAGUGCAGUGAGAAACAUCACCCGCGCUCCGCUGCACCGCCCCGAGGACCAUGGCCGGGUCUCCUGCACUGCUCCUCCUGCUCAGCCUGGGGCUCUGCUGCACCGGUGCCCAGGGACAGAGGAACAAGAUGGAGGCCAGGUUCCUCAACAGGAAUUUGAAGCACCCCCAGGAGGGACAGCGGCUGGAGCUGGAGUGCCUGCAUUACAAGAGAUACAGACCCCUCUUCUGGAUCCGCCUGGAGAAAGAUGGGAGACUUCACUUCAUUGUCUCCUGCUACCCAUGGUACUCUACUACCUAUUAUUGGGGUGACAACAAAUCUACGCAGUUUGAGGCAUCACUGAGAGACAACACCUUCAGACUGGUGGUGAAGUCCUUCAGGGCACAGGAUGAGGGCACCUAUUUCUGCGUCAACGACAUCAACCAGGUGCUGCACUUCAGCUCUGGACAACCCGCCUUCUUCCCAGUCACAACAACAACAGCAGCACCCACCACACCUGCAGCCACCACCCAAAGCAGCCAGGUCACUACGGAGGACAUCUCCCAGCACAGCCCGAAUACAGGAAUAAGCAAUGAGAACACACCACACUUCUGCCACAAAAUAGUCAUGUGGGUAAACCUGCCAUGUGCCUGCCUCCUGCUCCUCACUGCCAUCACCAUCACCAUCACACACUGCCAAAGAAGGCCGACAGUCUGAACAUGCCACCACCUUCCCCACUGGUGUUUCAAAAGAAGAAAAGAUCCAUUGGAAGGGCCACUCCAAAGUCUGCUGAAAUAACUUCAUGCUUGACCAGGGUCCAGGACAGGAUUUCUCUACUCUCUUUUCCACCUGAAAUCUCCUCAACAGGCAUGAAGAAAAUGUCAACUCACCUCCUGCUGGGCCGUGUUCCUCAAUUUGCCAACCUGUAUGUUGCCUGCAGGAUUUUGUCCCUCCCUUUUUGCGUGUGCCCUUGCUUAAUUCUUAGUCAUGAAUAAACUGAACACAGACCAGUAUCUCUACAGACUCCAUAUACAUCGAUCCAUUUUGAUUCUGUAUUUAAAGGCAGGGAGGUCCUGCAGAACUGAAACUUCCUUUCUCUUGACAUAUCAAAGUGUGUAAGUUCAUUUGCCGUAACUUGAACCACCCAUCAUUUGUUUCUUUUUGAUCACUGCUAUGACUCGAAACACAGCACAGGUAAGUUGGUCUACACCGUGAAGACGCAUGUUUAACUUACUUAAAUGAGAGGCCAUAUCCACCAGAAGCAUUAAAACUGUCACAAGUUUUCAGUCUCACGUUCCUACACAAAAGUUCCUUUUGAUUCCAGAAAUCAAUUCAUUUCAGUUUGCAAAUCCUAAAACUGCUUAGCAUUUUACCAUGACUUACACACCUUACUUUACAAAAGUAAAUGAUUUCUCCCUUACCAGCGUUUGUACUUUUAGGGAGUGCCUGGAACUGGUGAUGGUUCAAUCCCUUGGGCUUCAUGAAAUUCACACAUUUGAUGACAAUUGACAGGACAGUCCCCAUUUUUAAAGCCUUUCUGCAUAUAUUUCCCUGAUGUACCAUGCAGAGAUGUUUCACCAAACCUGGAUUUCUGGCAGCAAAUCCGUUGUCUUCUAUGAAUUUUACAAGUCCCACUUUUUUACCAACCACUGCCUGGGUGCCAUCAGGAGCUCUACCAGAUACGUCAACAAAGGUUAAAUAAAAUCACUUUUACGCCAUUUUUAUUGCUUUGCCUGCAUCAAAAGAUUUCUUCAUGCCUUUUAAUGGUACCAAGGAAGCCAUUUCUUCAGUGACAUCAUAGUUUUUAACACUUCCUUCCAUGAAAACAGCAAGUUGAGUCAGCAGAAGGCACACAGGCGUCCUCCUCCAGCGCCGCGCUGAUCCCACCAGCAGCACACACAGCUGCCCUGAUGCAGCGCCGCCGUUUGGCUGCUCCUCCUGUGCUGCCCACCAGCACUGCACACCUCCCACAGCAUCAGUAGCACCAGUAGGCAUCUGUAGCAUCAGUAAUUUCAUCUGUCAGCAAAGGACAGCUUCUGAAAUUAACAGCUUUGCUACGCGACUUUCUUGCCACAGAUUUGUCCAUUUCUUCAGUCCACCCGGCAAGAGUUGAGUGACAACAACUGAUUUUAGAGAAAUCCCUGUUUUAAUUAGGGCAGAUUGCAUCUGUGAUGCUGUCUGUGCAAUGCUCAAUAAACUCACCACCAGCAGAUGGUUUUGCUGCUUCUGCCAUCAGAUUUGCCACCACAUCACUGGCCUUUAUAGCCGAGUCCAUCUGAGGUUAAACUCAACAGCAGUAACUCAGUUUUACCUCAACAAAGAAGUGCUCAUCCAUCCAUUUCUCACUGAAUACUUCUCCUUCAACCACAAUUUUUCUUCAUUUGAGGGUUCUGUUAUGUCUUGAGAUGACAUCAGGAAGGCUGAAAUGUUGCUAUGGGUAAUUACUGUGUCUCAGUCACCCAGUGGCACACGUGGGUAACACACACAGGUUCUUAUUUGACUGAGCGUGUGGUGGGUGCCAGAGGUGGAGAUAGCACAGC